UAAACAAAACUCAAACCAGUCCGAGACACAACUCGUUGUGCGGCUGUUGUUGUCUGCUUUGGUGCGUUACUCGUGCGUGUGUUACUUGAUUUUUCUCUAUCUAUUUGUCGGUAGAAUUGUUUGGUUACGGGUUGUCCGUUUAUUUUUAAUAUUUAAAUACGAUUUUUCGUGACAAUUGUGGUCGUUCUGUCGAGUUUUUCAGUUUUCAAAUGUUUUACCGCGCAUUUUUAAAUUAUACACCGUUAAUGUUUGAUUGUCCACCUGUUCGUCGAUCGGUGGAUAAAAUAUAAUUUUUUUUUUUUGUUCGUGUUUUUGACUGUUUUUAAGUAAUAAGAACAAGAGUGACUCAUGAAGACGAUUCCGAGACGAUGAUAUUCAAAAUCACAAUUUAACGCUUAUUAAGGUACUACAUUUGUGCAGUUUCAGAUGAAUUCUCCGAACAACCUGUAAAUAUGUGGGGCUGUUCGAGUUGUGGAACACGUUGUCUGGUGAACUUGGUCAUCAUCUUUACCGUUUUGAUUAGUUUAGCCGAGGCUUGGCAACAGAAUCUACCGCCUAAGAAUAGCGUUAGAUAUGGUGCAUUCAAUUCUGACCAAAUAUUUCACGGAAACAAGACCGCCACGGACUAUUUCAAAAUACUCCUUCAAGAUCAGACGACUGCACUAAUAGGAUCUAGAAAUGUACUUUACAACAUCAGUUUGGACACCAUGAAGGAAAAUCACAAAUACUACUGGAAUUCCUCGGAAGCUAAUUAUGAAAUGUGUCAGUUGAAGGGAAAAUCGGAGGACGAUUGUCAAAAUUAUAUAAGAGUUGCGUACAAGAAGAACGACGAGGAGCUGUUCGUCUGCGGCACCAACGCUUUUCAUCCGAUGUGCAAAAUAUUCAAUUUGACCGACGGCACCAAAGGCGUGGAAGAAAUGGAUGGACGGGGUAGGUGUCCUUACGACCCGUUACACAACAGCACCUCUAUAUACAUCGGCGACCAAUUGUACUCUGGAACCGUGGCUGAUUUUUCCGGCAGUGACCCGCUCAUAUACAAAGAACCGAUGCGGACUGAACGACUAGAUUUUAAGCAACUAAAUGAUCCGAAUUUCGUGAGUUCGUUGGAAUACAAGGAUUACAUAUUUUUCUUCUUCAGAGAAAUCGCCGUUGAGUACAUAAACUGUGGAAAAGCUAUUUAUUCGCGAGUGGCUCGAGUUUGCAAACACGAUAAAGGUGGUCCACAUUCGUACAGGGAUCGAUGGACGUCAUUCCUGAAAGCUCGGCUCAACUGUUCUAUUCCGGGCGAAUAUCCGUUUUAUUUUGACGAGAUCCAGGAUACCAGUGAUAUAUUGAACACGGCUUUGACUGGUAUUGUCGACCCGAUUGUCUACGGUGUAUUUAACACGCCCGUAAACGCUAUUAGCGGCUCGGCUGUGUGUAUGUACAACAUUAGCGACGUCAUCGAGACUUUCAUGGGAUCGUUCAAGGACCAGGAGGCUAUGGACUCCAAUUGGUUGCCCGUGAAAAAGAUCCCCGAACCCCGUCCCGGAACGUGCGUAGAAGAUAGUCGGACGUUGCCUGAUGUAACAGUGAAUUUUAUCAAAAGCCAUUCGCUGAUGGAUGGUGCGGUACCGUCGUUGUUUUCUAAACCGAUUUUCACUCGGAUAUCGCUCCAAUCCAGGUUGACCAGCAUCGCGGUGGAUAAUCAGAUUUCUGGUCUGAAAGGACAGUACUACGACAUACUGUUUAUGGGCACAGACGAUGGGCGAUUGGUCAAAGGCGCAUUGCACACAAACAACGGUUUGCCCGAGUUCGUGAACAUCGAAGAAGUAAAUCUCACCUCUAACAACACGAAAUCGUUUCCGGUCCGGACGUUAAACAUCAUCAAGUCCGUCGAUGGCAAACCGGGACGGAUAGUGAUCACGUUCGACCAACACAUCAUCUCCGUGCCGUUGGACCGGUGCUAUCUGAAGACGACUUGCCAAGAAUGUAUCGAUCUACAAGAUCCAUACUGCGCGUGGGAUGGGUUGCAUUGUGUUAACCAUUUGGAGAUCAAGAGUUCGUCUAAACAGCAUUUCGUCCAGUCCAUCGGCUCGUCUCAGAAUAAUGUUUGUCCGAAAGUGCCUUUCGAUGACAAGAUCGGACAUUCUUCGUCAUUAGACGAUAACAAUAUAGACUCGAACGUGCCGAGGUGUCCGUCGUGUGCUCCUUGCUACACCGAGAACGUAAUCAACAGCGAGAGCGUUAGCGACAAGACGUCCGAGAUGCCAGUGAUUUCGCUGGGCGACGUCAUCGGACUGCUUAUGAUGAUGUGCGUGCUGGCCACACUACUCGUCGGGUUCGCGGCCGGUUUCGUGUGCUCGCGGUACUUUCGGCACGCUGCCGAUCCGUUUUCGUCGAUGGCCGUUCACGCCCAUCACCAGCUUAACCGACUGGCCGAUAUGAACGGCGCGGCUGAGAUCGGCACCGCUCCGUUCUUGCCGUGCCCUAACAACAAGGCGCCGCUAAACUUGCUAGUGAACGUGACCAAGUGCAAGAACGACACGCUCGAGAAGAACUUGGACUCGGCGGUCGAGAACAAGACCCUGCAAAAGGUCAAGAAAACGUACAUAUGAUGAGCGCAUGUGUACGAGGGACGGCCACGACCGCCGCUUCCCGUUCCGUUUCGCCCGUGGACCGGAUUUGGCCGGCCCAAUGGAGAAAUACAGUGACUGAUUUCUACGACUUGUGCGCAGCUUUGUGUGCGUGUGCGUACAGCGUACCUAUAUAAUAUUAUGUUAUUAUUAUAAUUACUAUUAUUAUUAUCAUUAUUGGUACGGCGGUUGGUGGACGGCAAGACAAGGCGAAUAAAAGAUCUCAAACUUAAUCAAAACGACAGUUUAAAUAAUAUAAUAUAUAUAUUAUGUAUAA